AUGGGCGACGACGGUGGCAGGGGUGGCGGUGUCGCCAACGCGAGGAACAAGCCCGCUGGCACUGCCGACGACUUGGGGGUGGACAACAUUGUCACCUGGGACGGUCCGGACGACCCAGCCAACCCGGCCAACUGGCCCAUGAUGAAGAAGUAUCAGACAUCGCUCAUCCUCUCGCUAUUUACUUUCAUCGCCCCCUUCUCUGCCACCAUGGUGGGCCCCGCCAUGGAAGUCAUCGGCACUGAACUCAACAUUGCACCCGGCACAGAACAGCAGCUGAUCCAGGGCAUGCAAGUCCUCGCAGCCGGGAUCGGUCCCUUCUUCAUAGCACCCAUUAUAGAGCUAUUUGGUCGAGCCAACGUCAUCCGCUACGCACAUCUUUGGCACCUCAUCUGGAAUACAGCCUGUGGUUUCGCAACAUCUGGACCUCAGUUGCUCGCCUUCCGUUUUAUUGGUGGCCUCGGCGCCAGUGCGCCUCAGAUCCUGGCACCUGGUCUUACCGCCGAUGUGUAUCCGGCGCCGAUGGGGGGUAGAGGGGACGCGGUACACGCCUAUCUACCCUUUUUUGGCAGUGCCAUCGCGCCCAUUUUCGGUGCCUUCGUCACACAGGAGAGCAACUGGCGUUGGAUAUUCUGGGGCACGUCGAUUUUCAGCGUGAUUGCACUCGCGCUGGCGUUUUUGGUUCUGGACGAAACGUACCACGCGGUACUGCUAGAACGCAAAGCCGCCCAAUUGCGCCAAGAAACGGGCAACCAACGACUGCACACGCCUUUUCACGACCCAAACCAGUCCAACAGCGACCGCAUCUUGAAAAGGGCAGCCCUCCCUUGGCUCAUGCUGGUAUCCCAUCCCAUCGUCCAGCUGCCAUUUGGCUACAGGGCCUAUCUCUUUGGCAUCAUGUAUUUUGUAAUCUCGACUUAUGGUCAGACUUUUAUGACUGUAUACGGAAUGGACAAGGAAAGCGCUAGUGUGAACUUUAUCUCGCUUGGUAUCGGCUUCGUCGUUGGGCUGCACAUUAGCCGCUAUGCCAUUGACGGGUUCUCGGCUUAUUUUCGCAGAAGACACAAAACCACUGGUCAUUCUCCCGAAUGGAGACUUCCCGUCAACGGUGGCGCGGCACUUUUCCUCCCACCGGCCCUAAUACUCUACGGCUGGGGCCUAAGAAACGAGUUGCAUUACAUUAUAAUUAACAUCAUCGCUUUCUUCCUUGCCAUCGGUCUGAUCCUUGGUUACUUUAGUCUGCAGCCGUACGUGACUGAAUCCUACGGGCUGGAAUACGCCUCAAGCGCGCACGCCGUCGGUGCCUUCCUCCAGCACAUCGCCGAGUUCGCCUUUCCGCUUUUUGGACCAUCUGUCACUAAUUCAGACCUCGGUUUCGGCUGGAGCUACACUCUGCUGGCCGCACUAACGUUGGCCAUCUGUACGGUGAUGCCUUUGAUCCUCUGGCAUUUUGGGCCAGCUAUCAGACGGAUUAGCACUAGGGGUUUACCUGUCGAGCCGUCUGGUCGACGUUGA